AGUAACUCUCUUUCUCUCUCUUUCUCUUUCUUUUUCUCCUCCUCCUUGGAGAGAGCACCUUAUGCUGAUUCCUCUCCUUGUCUUCCUCAAAUCGUGAGCCCAUCGCCAAUUCCUUCUAAAUUUCAGAUUUUGAUUCCUGGGUUAUCCUAGAAUUCUUUUGUCGAUCAUGGCGGUUGUUGAGAGUGGAGUUGCUGCAGAGUCAGGAGCCGUGGUCCAGCCGACGUCUUCACCCACAAGUCAAGAUUCUUCCGAUGAUCAAAACCAUCACUCAUCAAGGAUCGAGCCCGGUGACCAGAUUCUCUGCCACGAUCAGGACGGUCUCUACAGCAAGAUCGGGUCCCAGGCGGCGAGAUCCGAAGGCUCAGAUGGUGGGGAGAGCUACAAGCGUGAGAUGAGGGAGUUGCAGGAGCUUUUCUCUAAGCUCAAUCCCAUGGCUGCAGAGUUUGUUCCUCCCUCGCUCACUAAACAAGCCGGUGGCUUCUUCCCCUCUCCUGGCUCCUUUUUCCCCAACAAUGGCUUUGCUGGUCCCGGAAAUGUCUCCCUCGGUAACGAGAACGGUGGUUUCCGACGGAAGAAGAGCUUUGGUCAAGGGAAACGGAGGAUGAAUGCUCGAACAAGCAUGGCUCAGCGAGAAGAUGUCAUCCGAAGAACCGUCUAUGUCUCUGAUCUCGAUCAACAGGUCACUGAAGAGCAGCUUGCUGGUUUGUUUGUUAGCUGUGGACAGGUUGUCGAUUGCCGCAUAUGUGGUGACCCAAACUCGGUACUUCGGUUUGCUUUCAUUGAAUUCACUGAUGAAGAGGGUGCGAUGACUGCUCUGAAUCUAUCGGGGACUAUGUUGGGAUUCUAUCCUGUGAAAGUCCUGCCAUCUAAAACAGCUAUUGCACCCGUUAACCCAACUUUCUUGCCCAGGACUGAAGAUGAGCGUGAGAUGUGUGCAAGAACUAUCUAUUGCACUAACAUUGACAAGAAGGUGACUCAGUCAGAUGUGAAGAUCUUCUUUGAGUCCUUCUGUGGAGAGGUUCUCCGUUUGAGGCUCCUUGGAGAUUAUCAACACUCAACUCGUAUUGCUUUUGUAGAGUUCGUGAUGGCAGAAAGCGCGAUAGCAGCUCUCAACUGCAGUGGAGUUGUUCUAGGUUCUUUACCGAUAAGGGUGAGUCCUUCAAAGACGCCCGUUCGUCCCAGAUCACCGAGGCAUCCAAUGCAUUGAUCUUAACUUUACAGGUUUCUCCACAUAUGUCUAUCUAUAUAUAUAUAUGUGUGUGUCUCGCUCUCUCUUGCGAAAUAGCAUACACAGACAUGUAAAGAUGUUCUGUUUGCAUCUCGUGUUUUGGGAAUGUAACUCUGGGAUCUGAUGAUACUUCUUCCCUUUACCUUUUGUCUUGUCUGAGAGCUUUCGAUGUCACUCUUUCCUCACAAGUUAGUCUGUGGAAAAAUUACUUUUCUUGCCGCUUAACUGUUUCGAUGAAGUUAGAAAAUGGUUUAUGGCAAAAGUUUGGUGGUGUUCUUUGUUUGAACAUGAGCGGUCGUUGAGUUGAAUAAUAAUGGAGAUCAAACCGGUUAACUUAUCUGGUUUUGUACACUUUUUU